AUGGCACUGAAAAUCAACAAAUUCAAACUCACUCACUCUUUCUUCUUCUCCAAACUCCGUUAUUCUUCUUCUUCUUCUGCUCAAACUGCAGAUUCCAUUGUCUCCAUCUUCACCACCAAAGGACCCUCCGCUCCUGAACUCAACACCUUAUCACCUUCACUAACCCCUCACCUCGUCGAGUCCGUCCUCACGCGCCUCCGCAGCUGGCGCGUCGCCCAAAGCUUCUUCCACUGGGCUUCCAACCAACACCCUUAUAACCACACUUCCUUCACCUUCAACGCCAUCGCUUCUAUCCUCUCCCGUUCCCAUCAAACCCAACCUCUCAUUGACCUCGCCAAACACCUCCCUAACUCCUCAUGCUCCUUCACCCCUGCUGCUUUCUCCUUCUUCCUUCGCUGCCUCGGUAAUCUUCGCUUGGUUCGUGAAGCCAACCACGUGUUCGAUGAAAUGUCGCUUAAGGGUCUUUGUGUUCCAGAUCGUCUUUGCUACAACACUUUGUUGGAGGUUAUUUCGAAAUGUGGCUCGCUUCAUUUGAUGGAGACGAGGUUGAAUGAAAUGAAGGGUUUUGGUUGGGAGUUUGAUAAGUGCACAUUCAUACAUAUUCAUGUUACUUAUUGCAAUGCUGGUAGAUUUGAUCAGGCUUUGAGUGUUUAUGAGAAAAUGGAGGAGAAAGGUUGGGUUGAUGAACGUGUUUGUUCUAUGAUGGCGUUGCAUUUUUCUAAAUGGGGCAACGUUGAUAAGGCUUUUGAGUUGGUGGAGAGAAUGUGUGAACAUGGAAUGAGACUUACUGAGAAGACUUUUUGUGUUUUGAUUCAUGGGUUUGUCAAGGAGUCCCGGGUUGAUAAGGCACUCCAGAUGUUCGAUAAAAUGCACCGGGAGAAUGGUUUCACUCCUGAUGUUUCCUUGUAUGAUGUUCUCAUUGGAGGACUCUGCAAGAAUAAGGACAGUGGCAGGGCUUUGAGUUUGCUUUCCGAGAUGAAGGAAUAUGGGGUCAAGCCGGAUAUUGGAAUCUUUACGAAAUUGAUAUUAUCUUUUUCGGAUGAUAAAAGUAUGAUUUCCAAGCUACUAAAGGAAAUUCUGGAAGGGGAGGAAGAUGAAAAAACUCUUGUUUUGAUUUAUAAUGCUGUUUUGACUUGUUAUGUGAAUGAUGGGUCGAUGGAUGAAGCUUAUCUCCUUAUUCAAAUGAUGAGUCAUAGCAAAUCUAGUACUGAGGAUGAUGCAUCCCGGAUGGAUGCUUUCUCCAAGGUAACCAAGAGAUUGGUUUCACCCAACGUCACUUCCUUUAGCAUUGUGAUCGAUGGCUUACUGAAAAAAGAUCAGCUGGACCUUGCCCUUAGCCUCUUUAAUGAUAUGCGAAAAAUUGUUGGUAAACCAACUAUUUCUAUUUACAACAAUCUGAUUGACAGUCUCUGCAAAUCCAAUAGAUUGGGGGAGAGCUAUGAGCUCUUGAGAGAGAUGAGAGAAUUAGGGGUUGAACCAACUCAUUUCACUUACAACUCCAUUUAUGGAUGCAUGUGUAAAAGAAAGGAUGUCGCGGGAGCGCGCGAUAUGUUGAAGGAGAUGGGUGCGUGUGGGCAUGGACCAUGGAUAAAACACACCACCCUUCUUGUGAAAGAGCUAUGUAAUCACGGGAGGGUGAUGGAAGCAUGUGAGUUUCUUGAUAACAUGGUUCAGCAAGACUUCCUUCCUGAUAUAGUUUCGUAUUCUGCAGCAAUUGGUGGCUUGGUUAACAUUCAAGAAGUGGACCGUGCAAUGGAAAUAUUCAGGAAUUUGUGUUCUCGCGGCCACUGUCCGGAUGUGGUUUGUUUUAACGUGUUGAUAAGAGGGCUAUGCAAAGCCGAUAGAUUAGCAGAGGCUGGAAUUUUGUUCGAUGAGCUUGUUGAGAGGGGUCUUUCUCCCUCCGUUGUUACCUACAAUCUGUUUAUUGAUAGUUGGUGCAAAAAUGGUUCUGUUGAUAAAGCUAUGGCACUUCUAUUCAGAAUGUGUGAAGAAGAUAAGGAGCCUAGUGUUAUUACAUACACAACUUUGGUGGACGGAUUAUGCAAAGCAAAAAGGCCUGAUGAUGCUCUCUUGCUCUGGAAGGAGAUGGAAAAAAAAGGGUGCCCUCCAAAUCGAAUCGCUUUCAUAGCACUUAUUUAUGGUCUUUGCAGCUGCUGUAGGCCAACCGAAGCCCUUUGUUAUUUACGCGAGAUGGAACAAAAAGAAAUGAAACCAGACUCCUUCAUUUAUAUUGCAUUGCUAAGUGCUUAUUUGUCUGAUCUGAAUUUGACAUCUGCAUUUGAGGUUUUCAACGAGAUGGUUGAUUUAGGAUUUUUUCCAAAUCGCCUUGAUAAAAAUUACCCCGUUGCAGUAGAUGCAAUCCUAAAGUUUUGUAAGGAUCACAGAACAUCCUCAGCCAUCCAAGUUCUAAUGGAAGAGGGGAAGAUUCCAACACAAAGUGAACUGUUGGAAGUAAAAAAUUAA